AUGGAUGCCGCACUGCUGGAGGAGCCGCCGAUCCUCUGUGAAGUGUUUGCGGACUGCAUUCGCCUAUCGCAUCGGCGGAAAGGCGCUGCUGACGACGAGGUGUACAUACACCGCCUGGAUACUACCGACGACAGCUGUGGCAACGGCAGGCCGCCCUUGCAGCUCUCUUCUGCGCAGCCUGACGCGAGAUCCGAGGCGCCUCGGCGAUGUUUGGCCUCUUUUGCGUGUUGGGGUACCUUUGGAGUGGCGUUAGAGCCUUCGGGAGGGUAUCUGCUGCUGGUAGAGACAGCAGAGAGAGUCGGACAGAUAGGGGAAGGGCAGAUCUUUGGAAUUCGCUCCUUUAGGGCCCUUGAUCUACGCAAGCCAACGGAGCAGCAGCAGCAGCAGCUGGAAAAAGCCUUUUGCACAAGACAGCUGAAGAGGCCUCUGCGUCUUCGGCCUGGAGACGUCUUAGCCGCUGAGGUUCUUGUCACGGAUUUCGCUGGAUCUUGGCUGUCGAGCAGCUGGAGCAAGGAAUGCACGAGCAGCGCCAGCGUCGGCUGCGAAGAAAGCAGCCCCUAUCUGCCCUGGAUCUUCGAGGCGCUUGCGAUGGGAGGCUUCUUUUUCUCUCCCACGUUUGAUCUUUCCGUUUCUCUGCAUCAUGUGUUGAAACAGAAGCUGGCGGAUCUUGGUCCUGCUGCCGCAGAGCCAAGAAAGGGGACUGCAGACACCGUGGGCGGAAAUCGUUUUCUAUGGAAUCGCACGCUGCUUCAGCCCCUGCAGCAACAUGCGGUAACACUUGGAGUGCGCGCUAUUCAGGGGUAUGUCGGUUUCGCAUGCCUCUGCAGCCGAAGCACCUCGCUGAUUCACCUCGUACUAAUAUCCAGAAAAGACGCCACACGUGAUGCCUCGAACUUCGUAGAGACGGAGCAGCUGCUGCUGCAUUACUCUCAUGACUGCUUGCCGUCCUGUUGCGCCUUUCCGCAACAGCGUGGCUGCGAUACUGGCAGCUGCGGCAGUGCAGACAAACGCACAUGGCGCUUAGAAGUACAGAGCUUUCUUCAGCUGCGGGGUUCUGUUCCGCUUUUGUGGCAGCAGCCGCCUACUCUCAGCUGGUGCCCUCCUCCACACCUCGACGGCGCGCUGAGCGACAUCCUUCUCCCUGUUUUUGCUGCUGCAGGUGUCUCUGCCCCUGCACAUGCUUCCGAAGGAAUUGCAGGAGCUGUUUGCGCGUGUUAUGGUGGCAGGUGCUACGGCGAUAUAGAGGCUGUAAACCUAGUGGACAAGAAAGGCUGGCAGCGCUCACUCGGCGAGAAGAUGGAGGCAGUCAUUCUCCCUUUGCAAGACGUACACUACACCUGGUUCGACUUCCACGCGGAGUGCCGCAACAUGCAGUGGGAAAACGUGGGCAAGCUGUUGCAUCAGCUGCAGCCGCGACUUAGCUUGCACGGCUGUCUGCGCGUGUUGCUGGUGCCUGAUGAUGCAGCUGCACCUGCAGCAGAAGGGGUGCUCGUUCCAGGAUGGAGGGUAACUCAGGCAAGUGGAGUGUACAGACGCCAGAAGGGCGUCAUCCGCACCAACUGUGUGGACUGUCUGGACAGGUCCAACGUUGUGCAGAGCAUCUUUGCGAGGGCAGUCCUUCACAAGCAGCUCUCCAUCGUUACCCCAACGCCUUCGCUCGCUGCUGCGCCUGAUAAGGCUGCAGCAAAAGCAGCUGCCACGGAAACGGAGGACGCCUUUGCUCCUCUCACGGUGUCGGCAUCUGCGGAGAACUCUUUCAGGACGCUGUGGACUGCCAACGCCGAUGCGCUGUCUAUACUGUACUCCGGUAUGAGAUCAUCGCCAGCAGCAACAACAACACUAACAGCGACAACUGAAACAACACAAGCAGCAGCAGCAGCAGCAGUUGUCAUAAAGGCUGUCUGCUGCCGCGCGUUUGUGGUGGCUGCAGGAACCCCCGCUUUGAAAACAGAUUUCACAAGAACCGGCAAGCGCUGCCUGUGGGGGGCCCUCAUGGAUGCGAAAAACUCGUGCUGCAGGUAUUUUCUGAACAACUUCUCGGAUGGCUUCAAGGAGGAUUGCUUGCUCUUCUGCUCGUCUCCGUUUAUUCGCUUGCCAUUGAGGCCCCCCAGGGCCCCGGGAGGCCUUCGCCGCCAGAGUAAUUGCAAAGAAGGCCCUAGCCUCGGGAACUCUUCCUGGAGCUUUGGCGCCUCGCGUGAAGUGUUUUUCGUCCCGUUUCUUCGCUCCGUUCUGGAAUUCAGCGAGAACAAGGGAAAGGCUAUUCUCUACAGGGAGCGGCCUAGAGACGCUUUAUCGCAUUUUCUGAUGCUAGAGGGCGGGGCAGGCAAAGGAAGGCCAGCAGCCUGUUGGAGGCCUCUCACAUGCUAUGCUGCCUUCUCGAAUACGCAGACUCGUGCCUGA